GCUUCCGCUUAGCAAUCCGCUUUCUUUGGCAGCCGGCUUGACGCAUAUGGUAGCCGACAACGAGUGCAACAGAAACUCAUCGUCCACAAUGACGGCUCGCUUCGUGCUGCCGCCGAUACAGGACAACCCCAACGGAUGGGGUCCCUGCGCCAUACCUCAGCAAUACCAGGACAUGCCGUACCAGCCGUUUGCCAAGAGCGACCGUCUCGGCAAGGUGGCUGACUGGACGGGAACCACGUAUCAGGACAGGAGAGCGGCCAACAAGUACUCGUCGCAGUUUGGGUCGGGCACUCAGUAUGCGUACUACCACGAGGAAGAUGAGAGCAGCUUCCAGCUGGUGGACACCACACGCAUGCACAAGCCAAUGCACCAACGUGGCCGCUUCCGUAUGAACCAGCAACGCAACAUGCGGAGCCGUGAGCGGCAGAAGCUGGUGCAACAGCAGCAACUCCAGGUGCUCUCCAAGUCGGCCAAGGGCCGUGAACGGGAACGUAUGCAGCAGGUGCGCAAGUGGCAGAAGCAGAUGCGCCAGAAGUUUGACAACAAGGGUGGCCAGGUGCCCGUCAAGCACCGCGAGGCCUCGGUGGCCGUGCGCCCCAGCUGGAAGGUGCUGGAGGAGAUGGACUUCCCCCGGCUGUUCAAGCUCUCCCUGCCUGCCGUGGGCGAGGGGCACGACGUGUACCGGUGUGGCGCAGUCGAGUUCUACGACAAGGCCUACAACCUGGUCACAUGCAAGAACGAGCGGCCCCUGCAGCGGAUCAAUCGCAUCUUCCACAAGGUCACCACCACCGACGACCCCAUCAUCCGACAGCUGGCCAAGACAGAGGGGCAGUCGUACAAGGUGUUUGCCACGGACGCCAUCAUCGCCUGCCUCAUGUGUGCUGGCCGGUCGGUCUACUCCUGGGAUAUUGUUGUGCAGCGGGUGAAUGACAAGCUUUUCUUUGACAAGCGGGAUGACUCUGAGUUUGACUUGUUGACUGUGAACGAGACUGCAUCGGAACCCCCGCACGAGGAGGGCAACAGCAUCAACGCUCCCCGCAAUCUGGCCCUUGAGGCCACAUUCAUAAACCACAAUUUCUCGCAGCAAGUACUCAAGAUGGGCGAGGACAAACACGGCUUUGAGAAUGUCAACCCGUUCAUCCAGGACGACGAGGAGGGAGAGGUUGCCUCGGUCGCAUACAGGUAUCGCAAGUUCGACCUUGGCGACAAUGUGGGCCUCAUUGUGCGCUGUGAGCAUGACGGGGCCAUGGUGGGACCCAAUGGGGAGCUCCAAUUUGUGAGCAUCAAGGCACUGAACGAGUGGGACCCCCGCUUCUCGGGCGGCAUCGACUGGCGCCAGAAGCUGGACACCCAGCGUGGUGCCGUGCUCGCCAACGAGCUCAAGAACAACUCGUGCAAGCUGGCCAAGUGGACGGUGCAGGCGCUGCUGGCCGGCUCGGACCAGAUCAAGUUCGGGUAUGUGUCACGGGUGCACGUGCGGGAUUCGUCCAAGCACGCCAUCCUGGGCACACAGCAGUUCAAGCCCAAGGAGUUUGCCGACCAGAUCAACCUGAACAUGGACAACGCGUGGGGCAUCCUGCGAUGCAUCAUCGACUGCUGCAUGCGCCUGCCCGAGGGCAAAUACCUCAUCCUCAAGGACCCAAACAAGCCCGUGAUCCGUCUGUAUGACAUCCCCGACAACACCUUUGAGACUGAGAACGAGGGCGAGGAUGACGACGACGACGAAGACGAGGAGGAAGGGACCACCACUGGUGGUGGUGGCGAGGGCGACAAGAAGGCCUGAGCCAUUUUCCUGCAGCUCUGGUCUCGCAGCGAAGGUGGACUUCCCUUUUGAGAAAAUGAAACCGCCUUGUUCGACCAUGUGUUGAAAUGUUGUAAUAAAUUAAUCUGGGGCAAAACUUGUUCA